CGUGAAUCCCUAUGUAAAUGACACCAGCCACCAAUACAAAGGUCAAGAAGAAAUUGAAAAUUGAAAAAAGUAAUAGUAGCCACCAGUUGUCGAGUCUGAAGCAGAAAACAUCUCUGGGUCUGUCAAACUAUGUUGCAAAAAGUUAAUUAUUAUUUAUGGUUCCAUAGGUAUUCUAUAAAUCUACUCUUUGUUCUUCAUUUAAAUACCAAUCUAACUACAACUCUUUCAUAUGGUAUAUAUAAUUAUAUUUUUUGUUUUACUUUAGAAGAAUAUGAAUAAUCAUAAACAAACUCUGCAUGGCCCUUCACAUUUUGAUCUCAAUACUGGAGCUAAAAUGCCCUCUGUUGGCCUUGGAACAUGGAAAGCUCCACCAGGUGUUGUAGGUCAAGCUGUCAUUGCCGCUGUCAAGGCUGGUUACAGGCACAUUGAUUGCGCUAAAGUUUAUGACAAUGAAAAAGAGGUGGGUGCAGCUCUGAAGGAACUCUUUUCCACUGGUGUUGUGAAGCGCAAUGAGAUGUUUAUCACAUCUAAACUAUGGUGUAGCGACCAUGCACCGGAAGACGUUCCUAAAGCUCUGACUAGAACUUUAGAAGAUUUGCAACUCGACUAUGUUGAUCUGUAUCUCAUGCAUUGGCCAUUUCGAACAAAACCUGGCGCAUGCGGGUUUGAUCCUGAAAUCAUGCUGCCCUUAUGCCUUCCAGAAACCUGGACUGCAAUGGAGGGUUUGUAUAAAUCUGGAAAGGCACGUGCGAUUGGAGUGAGCAACUUUUCCACAAAGAAGUUGCAGGACUUGCUCAAAUAUGCAAAGGUUCAACCUGCUGUCAAUCAAGUGGAAUGUCACCCUGUGUGGCAGCAACCUUCCCUUCACAACUUGUGCAAGUCUACUAAAAUUCAUCUCUCGGCAUAUUCCCCUCUGGGAUCUCCAGGGUCUUGGAUGAAGGGUGAAAUUUUGAAGGAGCCAAUAUUGAAUGAACUUGCUGAGAAACUUCAGAAAUCACCAGCACAAAUAGCUCUACGCUGGGGUCUUCAGAUGGGUCAUAGCAUCCUCCCAAAGAGCGUAAACGAAAGUAGGAUCAAAGAAAACUUAAACCUGUUCGAUUGGUUUAUUCCUCCAGAUCUCUUCUCCAAAUUUUUGGAAAUCCACCAGCAAAGACUCCUCCGAGGGAAUUUUGCAGUCCAUGAAACUAAAAGUCCCUAUAAAAGCCUUGAAGAAUUGUGGGAUGGGGAAAUAUGAGAUGAUACAUCUUUCGAUUUAUUUCUAUUAAAACUACAGUGAUGUUGAUCCUGUAACCGUACGCCAAUAAUGCAGAAGCAAGCCGCUCCUAUUUAUCUCAAAGAAGAAUAUACAGUCCCAAAUUGAGGAUCUUGUCAUAGAAUAGAUUAACGUUUUGUACAGUU